AGGUUGUACUUUACACCAUACACCAGACUUUAUAAAGGGCUCGGUGUGACUGGGAUAUACCCAGAAACCAGAUGACAGCGGCUGGUACAUGAAUACCUGUGUGGCAGAGGCGUCAAUCAGCCGCGUCACGACUUCGCUGAUGAUGAGAAGUGAGGCGAGAGUUCAGCGAGACAUCUUGAGAGCCUCACCUUCGUCAGUAGUACAGUCACACAAUAUACCACGACCGUGCAGCGUCGAGUUUCUGCAACUGUUUUCUGUACGCGUCGCAGUUAUCGUACGAGCAGUCGAGAGAAAUCAACCAAAAUCAUAACGAAAUUAUCUUAAUCAGGAGAGAUCAAUCACUCUUCGACUGGUACCGGGCUGGUGAAGUACAAGAUCCAGUACAUCGAGAAAGUUACUUAGAUAUAGAGCCAUGCAACUGGGAAAGGGUCAAAGGCCAUUCAUUUGCGAGUUUAAGGAUGGUUACAAAGCACUGUGGCUCUUCGGGAAUUGCAUGUUUUGUGAUUGAUUUCUGUGUUUCAUAUUACCCAAUCGAAUGUGGAUGAAUUGAUGUUUGUGGAAUCCUAUAAGAGCCAUAUGUCAUGUUAAUUACGUAGAUUGAUGAACACGUGCUCAUGGAGGUCGAAACCCGAGCUGAUGCGUGUCAAACAUUCAAUCGUGCCGGGCUGGUGAAGUACAAGAUCCAGUACAUCGAGAGAGUUACCUAGAUGUAGAACCAUGCAACUGAAGAAGUCUCAAGAGCCAUACAUUUGCGAUUUUAUGGAUCGUUACAAAGCACUGUGGCUCUUCGGGAAUUGCAUGUUUAGCAGAGGCCAACAUUUUACUUCAAAUAUGUACCCUGAACGGACCAUUCAGCAGCGACCUAUUCCCACCCAUUGCAUUACCUGUGCCCACCCAUGCUAUUCAAAUAAAC